AUGACUUCUCAGCAGCAUCAGGCACUGGUGUCUGGGAAGAAGGCUGCACUGGAUAUCUUCAUUGUGACCACAGCAAUAACCACAUUCAGAUAUUGCUUCUUUGCUGUCCUGAUUUUCAGUGUUUCACUCCAAUUUUUCUAUGCUGUUAAUUUCCAUGCACAAAAAUCUCUUCAGAGGCUGAUUGUGAGUUCAACUUCAGCAGAAGCCUGUAGAGCACUCAUUGAAGAUAAGGUGUCCUUUCUGAAAGAAAACACUUCAAAAAUACCAUCCAGAGAAUCCAGUUGCAUGGAGUACAUCAUACAGAACCUCUACAUAGACUGCACCCUCUCAGCUGAGGAAGCUGCAUUCCCAAUUGUCUAUGUCAUGACUGUGCAUAAGGACUUUGAGACCUUUGAGCAGCUCUUGAGGGCAGUAUACAUUCCCCAAAGCAUUUACUGCAUCCACGUUAAUGCCAAGACCCUGGCCCUGUUCCAUCAGACAGUGUGACACCUUCUGAGAUGCUUCCCCAAUGCCUUCCUUGCUUCUCAGUCUGAGCAGGUGGUCUGUGGUGGCUCAUCCUACCUGCAGGCUGACCUCCAUUGCAUAGACCUGCUGGCCUCGGCUGUGUCCUGGCACUACCUGUUCAACACCUGCGGCCAGGACUUCCCCUUGAAUCACAGAAAACAUCUGUUCUAUGUCCCAGGCUCCAUGCCCAGUGCAUAAUGGGAAGGUGACUUUAAAGCAGUGUCAUGGAUUGCUGUGGAAGAGACUCACAGAGGUUGUCAUGCUAAUACCUUCACUGCCGUGGAACCGCAGCACCCACAGCACCGCAGGCUCACGCAACCCUCCGAGCCCCGGCUCAGGCCCUGGCCCGGCUCCCGGCCAGCCGUCACCGCCGGCGGGCGGGACCUCCGGGGGAGCCGGUAG